AUUGGCCAUUUCUAUUCAGUCUGCUCUUCCUGUAACGCAAUCUAGCAGACAUCACCACAAUUUCAGCACCAAUAGACAUGGAUAUGGACAUUCCUAAUCCGGACGAGCUCGAAUGGCUUGAAGCUAACUCUCAUCUACACGAAGAAGACCUCCUGGAGCUCUCUUCUCCUUUCCCACCUGAAGAGGAACGACAAUCACCCCCUCAAUCUCCAUCACCGCUAAACGUUUCCCAAGCCUACUAUCACAAGCGCCUCCAAUCCGAUAGUCCAGAUUCACUGAAUCUUGAAGAUAUUAUCACAUCCGACGAGAAGAGAAGAAAAAUUGACGAUGCUGGGCCAGAGACCGAAGAGGACUGGCUCCGAUACGCGCCUCCGCAGGAGACGAACGCUGAGGAUGAGCAGCAUGAAGAGGAAAUUGUUGUGGAUGAAGAGAAGAUUGUGUCGAGAUUCGCGUCUGAGAUUGAAGGAGAUUUCAUUCCCGUGACGGCGCCGAGUGGCGGCGAUAGGGUUUACGCAAAGAUAUGCAGGGUGGAGAGGGAAGAAAGAUCCAAGAAAUUGGAUGUGAAAUCGCAAUCAAAUGGUCUUGUAUUGGAGCCUGUCAAUGUUCUUUUACGAAGAGUAGAGGAAGAUGCUUUCACCAAGGCAUUGCAAGCUAGUUCUGAAGGCUCAAGUGAUGUGGUUCUUGAUGAAACACAAAUGGUGUAUGAACAACUUUGGGUUGACAAAUAUGCUCCAAAUUCAUUUACUGAGCUCCUUAGUGUUGAACAGACAAAUCGUGAAGUUCUCUUAUGGUUGAAACAGUGGGAUUCUCGUGUUUUUGGAUCUGAAAUUAGGAGUACAUCAGAUGAUAUUCUGUCUGCUUUAAGACGUCAUUCUUCUGUCACUCAGCAUAAAAAAUCUUCUGAUUCCAGUUUCCCAAGAAGGAGCAGAGACUAUAGAUGGACAAAUGUGAGCUUUAGAAAUUCUAACGAUCAGGAUCAUGAAAACAGUAAUGUGAAAGGAAUUCAGGACUUGUGGAACAAGACGUCCAGGCUUACUGGUCCACCGGAACAGAAGAUCCUUUUACUCUGUGGUCCCCCAGGGCUUGGAAAGACCACACUUGCACAUGUAGCUGCUAAGCAUUGUGGAUAUCGAGUUGUGGAGGUUAAUGCUAGUGAUGAUAGAUCCUCAUCUACAAUUGAGGCUAAAAUCCUUGAUGUGGUUCAGAUGAAUUCUGUGAUGGCUGAUUCAAGGCCCAAGUGUUUGGUGAUUGAUGAAAUAGAUGGAGCUCUUGGUGAUGGCAAAGGUGCUGUGGAUGUUAUUCUAAAGAUGGUUUCUGCUGAAAGGAAGUCAGGUACUGGGAAGGAAAAUGCCACUAAAGGAGAGCAAUCAGGAAGGCCAUCCUCAAAAAAGGGGAGGAAAACACUAUCGCUUUCAAGACCAGUGAUUUGCAUAUGUAAUGAUCUGUAUGCACCUGUCUUGAGACCAUUGCGUCAGGUAGCAAAGGUUCACAUGUUUGCUCGACCAACGGUUAGUCGUGUGGUAAACAGGCUCAAACAUAUAUGUAACAAGGAGGGAAUGAAAGUGGGUACCAUCGCCCUUACUGCACUGGUGGAGUACACUGAAUGUGAUAUACGCUCUUGCUUGAACACCCUUCAGUUUCUCAACAAGAAGAAGAAAACUCUUAAUGUGUUGGAGAUUGGUUCUCAAGUGGUUGGUCGAAAGGACAUGUCGAAAAAUGCCUUUGACAUUUGGAAAGAGAUUUUCCAAAAGAGAAAAAUAAAGCAAGAGAGAAAGUCUAGCUGUGGCAGCAUGUGCAAUGAAUUUGACUUCUUGCAUUCUGUUGUAUCUAACCGUGGUGACUAUGAUGUGAUUUUUGAUGGGAUUUAUGAGAACAUCUUGCAGCUCCAUUAUCAUGAUCCAUUGAUGCAAAAGACAGUCAAGUGCUUUAAUAGUCUUGGCAUUUCUGAUCUAAUACACCAAUAUAUUAUGCGCACGCAGCAAAUGCAACUUCAUGCUUAUCAGCCUCCUCUUGCAAUUAUUGUGCACCACCUUGUAGCUCAAGCUCAAAAACCAAAUAUUGAGUGGCCAAAAUCUUAUCAAAGAUGCAGAACAUCGUUGAUGGAAAGGAUGGACAUAUUGAGGUCUUGGCAAAACAAAAUUCCACCACGUAUUUCAAGACAUUUGUCAAUUAAGUCCCUCGUAGAAGAUUCAAUUUCACCUUUAUUACAUAUUCUGUCACCUUCAACUCUAAGGCCGGUGGCAUUACACAUACUAUCACAAAAAGAUAGGAAUGAUCUGGCUCAGUUAGUGAGCACUAUGGUAUCCUAUUCCGUUACAUACAAGAACAUAAAAUCCAAUCCUCUUUCCUGUAACCAGGAAUAUGAAGCGACUUUAGAUGCCUCAGCCAUUUCUUUGGAUCCGCCUAUUUGUGACUUCAUUAACUUUAAGGGCUAUAAUUCUGGUCAUUUUGUACUUCCCUUGGCAGUGAAGCAAGUUUUGGUUCAUGAGGUUGAGAAGCAAAAUAUUUUGCAAGUAAGCAGAUCUGUACAUUUAACAGAUGGGUGCAAUAAAGAAAAAAUUGACUUAGCAGAUGGAAAGAAUAGCGAGUCAAAUUCUGCAAAUGAUCGUGCAGCCUUAUCCACUGUAAAAAUAGAAACUGGAAAGAAUAAACUAAAUCCUAACCAAUGUAAUCCUAGUGGCUCAACAAUGUUGUCAAACUUGGAUUUAAGUGCCAGGUCUGAUGUGAAACUAAAAUCUUCAGGGAAUGCAAAGAAGCCUUGUACUGGCUCCACCAACUUCUUUGACAGGUUUAGGAAAGUGAGUAGGAAAGGUUCUGAGAAUACUGACAUUGCUGUACAGCCUACAACCACCUUAGAAAGAGAUUCACGUCCAGUACUGUUUAAGUUUAAUGAGGGUUUCACAAAUGCUGUGAAAAGGCCUGUUCGGAUGCGCGAGUUCCUGCGAUGAUUAUUUCAGUUGCUUGGCGAAACGCGGCAGUGCAUUCAUGUAUAUUAGUGUAGGGACGCUGUUUAACGGUUAACCAUAUCACUUCUUACCACUGUAUUCCUGGUUCAUACAAUAAUUGUCCCUGAAAUAGUAUAUCUGUAAGGCUCCAUUUCAGACUGGUUGAAAGAUUAAAAAAUUACUUCUU